GUAUGUAAAUGUAUUAGAUUUAAGUGGAGUGUGUGUCACGUGACUUGCGCUCAAGUCGCGCGCGCUGAGGGAAGAGGAUCGCUUUUGCAGGCGCCCUGACAUCUUUAACUGAAUUUAUCAUGCUGUCCCGAGACGAAAUACUCAAACCCAUCUGGUACGCCUUUACUGCUCUGGAUGUAGACCGAAACGGGAAAGUAUCCAAAUCCCAGUUAAAGGUGCUGUCUCACAACCUGUGCACCAUCCUGAAAAUCCCUCAUAACACUUCAGCCCUGGAGGAGCACUUUAAAGAUGAUGAUGAAGGACCAGUGUCAACACAAGGAUACAUGCCCUACCUGAACAUGUUCAUACUUAAUAAGAUCCAGGCGAACUUUGACUUCUACGAGCUGAAUAAGAUGUGCUGGACUUUAUCUGCACCAAAGCACAUCAGUAGCAAACAUCUGCUCAUCUCAGGGGUUGAAACCUUCAAGGUCUGGUGCAUCUUCAACUUUCUGUCGGAAGAUAAAUAUCCACUGCAUAUCGUCACAGAAGAGCUCGAGUACUUCCUGCGCAGGCUGUUCGCAGCAAUGGGUUGCAGUUGGAACGAGGACAGGUUUGAAGGCUACAAAAUGCAGCUCAGUGAAAGUAAAAAGCAUCUGAAUGCUUGGGAGCUGAUUGAUUUGAUUGGUAUGGGGCAUUUCACCAAGGGCAUAAAUCCUCAGACUCUCUGCAUGGGCAUCAAUGAGGUCUAUCAGGAACAUGUAAUGGAUGUUAUCAAGCAGGGCUAUAUGAUGAAAAAAGGCCAUAAGAGGAAGAACUGGACAGAGCGCUGGUUUGAGCUCCAUCUUAAAUACAUGUCUUAUUAUGUGAGUGAAGAUCUCAUAGAGCAGAAGGGAUGCAUUUCACUUGAUCGCAACUGCUGUGUUGAGUCCUUACCAGACAAGGAUGGAAAGAAAAACCUCUUUAUUGUAAAAUGUGUUGAAAAAAGUUUUGAGAUCAGCGCAUCGGAUAAAAAGUCAAAACAAGAGUGGAUUCAAGCCAUCCAGGACUGCAUUGUCCGCAUAAGGCAGGGACUUUCCUCCCCACAACGAGAAUCCAGACAGAAACGCAGGGAGCAGAGAAACAGGGUGAAAGCUGAGCAGGAGAUGAUGGAGUACAGAAUGAGACAGCUGCAGUUGGCCAACGAGAGCAAGCAGGCCGAGCUGGAGACCAUGACCAAGAAUUUGCAGGAAGCAUCAACAAGGGUUGAUUUGGAGGAAAAGAGGAGACUUCAGAGCCAAAAUAAACUUCUUGACCAAUACAGACAAGACCUGGAGCAAGAAAAAAUGGCGCGAAUGCAGAUGGAAGAGCAGGUGGUUGAAAAGGCCAAUGAAGUGGAGCAGUACUGGCAGCGUAUGCAGGAGCUGGAAGAAAUGUACGGUCAACUGAAAAAGGCACUAGAUGACGAGAGGCAGGCCAAAGAUGACGAAGAAACCCUGCGCAAACUGCAGGCCAGGCUGCUACAAGAUGAGGCAAACAAGAGGCUUGAAUUGGAGCAAAUUCACCGGCAGCAGCAAGUAAUCUUGUCCCAGUCUCAGAAAGAGAAAGAAGAGCUGGAAAGAGAACGGGCAGAGAAGGAAAGAGACCUGCAGGCUGCACACGAGCAGCUGGAGAGCCUUAGAAGACAGAGAGAGGGGGCGCAAGAGGAAUACAUGGCUGUUACAAAGAAACUAGAACGGGCAGCGCACAAAACAAAGAACUGGAAGCACAAAGUCUCCAAGCACGAGGGACUACUUCGAAUCAUUUCACCAGGCGCCAAAUCCCCCAUUAAAAUGACCAACUGGGGGCAAGCAGCGUUCACUGAAACAGAGCUGGAUGAGCUGGAGAAGAUUUGGCAGGAGAACAAGAAUAGAUCAUAUGAUGGAUAAUAACACCCAAAACAUCCAUUUCUUUUAUUUGUGUGUAUUUAUUUUGUGUUUGCCAGCUAGUCAAAAUCUCCACUCUUGUUACCGAUUACAUCUGUGGUUAUUAAAAUGUGUUUUUAUUCGACCAUUUAUUAAUCGUACUCUAAUAAUAGAACAUUAGCUACGUUAGGAAUAUUAGAUAUAUGAUACAGGUUGAUUGUGUUGAUUUUAUUUGAGUUAUUAUCAUUUAACUUAAUUUCAAGUGUAUUCUUGUUUUUUUAAAUGUGAAAAACUGCUGUUCAGAGGCAGUUUGGAGGUGCUAGUGCAAUAAAAGCACCUAGGUAUCCACUAGAUGUCCUUGUUGAUACACAAAUAAACCCAGACCAAUGCAGUUUCUGGAGACUAGAGACACCCAUUGACAAAGGAUACAUAAAUGGGAUACUGUGUUACUCUUGCAGUACAUGUAUAAUCCAUUUGGCUCAAACUUUGCUUUUAAAUUUCAGCUUGUUUGAAAAUAUAUAAAAUAAUAAAUCAUGUUUUUCAUGAA